AACUUGUCAACCAUUGUAACUUAUUUGUUUUAGCAACUUUCUUGAUUGUUCUUGUAUUAAGUAUCCUGCAUCGAAGUAUGGCGAGUGAUAAAUCUCCAGACAACUGAAGCAGCUUUCACUUUGGAUACGUAAAGUCCGUAGAUCUAAAGUGCAUCUGCACAAGUGCGGCUUUUCAUGUCACAUUUGGUGUUGUCUGUUCUACGGUCGGUGCGGCAAUCUUCGCAUUUAAAUCAAUCUCACACAAUCAGUCACUGGGUUCGUCAAGUAAGAAUGGCUCAUGUGCAGUUGUUCUUGGACUGGGAUGGAACUCUCACGAAAAAUGACACCAUUCUAUCUCUUAGUGGAAUCGGUUACAAAGUCAAUGAACGUUUAGGGAUCAAACUAAGGCCAUGGCACGAGAUCGUUGAUACUUAUCUAGCCGAAUUGAAAGCUCAUGCUUCAUCAUAUGAACCUUCCGCAGAACAAAGGAAGACCACAGAAAGUGAGCUGAAGUACUUGACGAGCCUGAAAUCAGUCGAACGGGCAAGCACCGACCGAGUCAUCAGAUCUGGCGUGUUUUGCAAUGUGACUGCGGAAGACUUGGAUUUUGGAGCUAAGGAGGCGAUUGAAAACGGGAUAAUCGAGAUGCGGAGCGGUUGGGAGAAGUUAUGCUCGCUGAUAUCUCUUUUCAGCAACGAAGGUCAAAAUACUUUGGAGGUCUCUAUAGUGACUGUCAAUUGGAGCGCGUCGUUCAUUCGAAGCUGUCUUCUACAUGCCGCAGAAAAGCAAAGGCUUGAUGUGACGACAAUCAAACACCUGCAUAUCUACGGCAAUGAGGUUGUAGGUGCUCCUGAUGACGGUUUCAGUACGAUGCCAAGGAAUCUAUCGGCAGCCAAUGCAAUUCACACAACUGCGGACAAAUGCGACGCAAUGAAAGAUCCUCUUGCAGCAGGCCAUAGCAAAGCUUUGGGUGUAGGGCAAGAGUAUUUCAGCGUCUACGUAGGUGAUACGCUUCCAGAUUUUUGUCCGCUUCUGCAGGUGGAUUUUGGCAUCUGCAUCAGGGACAAUCCUAUGGGUAGUGGGCAGAAUGAACUUGCUCAAACACUGGAACGUGUAGGCGUAAUGGCGAUGCCCUUAUCACGAGCAAAUCGAUCGCGAUUGCUCGAAAAGAGUCCAUCGAAAAUAGUUUAUUGGAGUAACGAUUUGGCGGAAGUUGCAUCUUUUGUAGAGAAUAAGCUUUUCAGAUCAUAGUUCCAUUGCUCUCCUUGCAGAGGGAGAUGCGGUUCCAGUUGGUACUACUAAGCGAGUGCAUUUUUAAGAA